GAAACUUCGGGGUUCCUUGGUGUUUCCUCAGGAGGGUCCGUCCCGCCCGGCGGCCGGCGCUGUCUGACGGGGAGUGGGAGCGGGGACGCGCGGCAGCGCUCACAGCUCCGCGGCGUGGGGACGGCGCCUUCGUACGAAACACAGCAGCGCUGCCCGCCGUAAAUGGUGUUCCAGGUGCUGACGAGCACGUGGUGCUCCUGAGGGCUGUUGAGGAAGGGCGGCGAGGUCCCAGGGACGGAGGAGGCGGGAGGGAUGCACCGCUCCCCUCCCGCCCUGGCGGCCGCCUCGCUGCCCGUGAGCGGCCGUGGCCGGGUGCGGUGAGCCAUUUGCUUCCCCGAGAGCCGCAGCGCAGAUCCCAAUCCAGGGAUGUCACGGACUCACGCGGCACUCGCUUAGGCCCCGGUGCUUUGCCCACUUCACGCGAAAGAAGCUGGAAGAGAAGGAGGCGGGAGCGAUUCGCAGGGCAGGAUGGUGCCCCGUGGCUUGGCCGUGAUUCCAUCAGUUCCGUGAUUCCAUCAGCUGCAGCUUUCCUUGUAGGAUUGACUUCUGGUUGAAUGUGAAAAUAGUGAAUGAUAAUAGAAAAGUUCCAUGUUUAUAGACCGCAGUAAAUUGCCCCCUCCUCCUCUGUCUCUUAACAAAAAAAAAAACAUCCCCAAGAUUUCUCUGGUUGGAGAAAGUUUCUUUGCUUUCUAGUAGUGGCUCCUUAUUAUUUAUUGAUCUUUUCCCACCGGGAAGGAGUUACAAGGAAGCCACAUAAAGUCUUCUUGACGGGGGCUUCUUAAUGCAUCCAAACACUAUAUAUAAAGUUAUAUUUCUAUAACAGAGGAAUCUGUUAAGAUAUGUAGGAACAAAACCUGUGAGGGAUGUAAUAUUUCUGUUAAAGCCUGUGCCUUUUAAAGAAAAGCUUGUCAUUUUACCAGAUGGAGGCAGAAGUAAUUUCUUCUGUGUUCUUUUAUAUCUGUUGCUUUUCAAAUAACUAGGGAUGCUUGCAAAAGCUUCUGAUACAGUCAAAAGAGACUGAGAGAGGGGAGGGAGGAAAAACCACUGAAAGAUGCUGAUCUCUGGGACCCCAGAGCGAUGCAAGAGCACGAGUUGUAAUGGAUUUACAGGAACAUGAUGUUAACAUAUGGCUCCCUGGGCAUUUAUUGACAUGUGUAGCAUCACUGAUGGUAGUUAGACAUUGUGAAGUGGGGCGUGAUGAGUAUGCUUUAAUUCACACAAACAGAAUAAUUUAAGAUCUGCACGGGGAGUCUGUACAAGCCCUACCAAUGCUCCAUUUUUGCUAUAAUAAUAAAAGGCUAUUUUUUAGUACCUUUGGGAAUACAUUGCAUUGCUUCUCUUCAAACAUGCAGACUUUUUGUGUAGCAUAUGUGCCCAUUUGCCUGUGAUCUCUGCAUUUUUUUUACUGUUCUUGAACUAAGGAAAAUAGCUGAAGUUCUUUUAUAUGUGAGAACUGCUGUGUGGAAAUAGGUGUUUUAUUCACUUACUAUAGUCAAAGACUGACUGCUGUUGCAUGCAUGACAUAAGAUGUGGAAAAUCUUAUUUUCUGUCUCUCCCAAUGAUAGCAAAAAGUUGAAUUUAUGCUGGCCUGAUAGAGACCGGAUUACCAAGCAUACCAAAAUUUCCAGUUCUCCUCUUGCUGUAAUGGUUCUGUAAUGAGUAACUGGCACUGUAAAACAGCUUUUCUCUGGAAACACAUCUGACUAUGCAGAGGGCAUAGGGCUCCAUUUCAUGUGAAACAGAGCAUUGUUUUCAUACAGCCACCUCUGGAAAAGUGAUCGUCUUUUGAAUGCUACAGACAGAAGGCUGUGCUAGUGGGGACUCCCCUAGCCCUGGGCUGGUACUCAGGUUUGUGUGCUUCACUCUUGUCCUGCCACAGUUGGCUACUAGGUGCUGUGUAAAUCCUGAAGAUAAUCCAGCUGCUGGCUGCAGGUAACUAGGUAAUAGCAGAGGACUUUAUUUCACAGCAAUUUAGAGGAACAGUUCUUGUCAGAAUAGCAAGACUGCAGAAGAAGUAGAAUUGACUGAGUUUUCAGCUCUCCAGAAAUAUUCUAGAUUGGUCUCAAAUUAGUUGCUUUAAGGUACAGUUGUUAAUUAAUUUGCUUCUUGUAUUGUCUUUACUGUGUCAUUCUAUACAGUCUCCUUUGGAGCAGCCUGCUCAAUAAGGACUCAAUUCCCUAGCUGACCCAGAAGUUGAAAUGUUUUUUAGCUGUUCUGUAAGAUCCUUCAGCCCCUUUAUCUACAGAAUUUACCUUUGACAAGACCUUGCAAUAAACUUUUCAACACUUUGCAAUAAACCAGCACAUUCUUUGCUGCCAGGGGUCUUGCAGCCCUGGAAGUGGAACAGGCAUCACAGUUUUGUUAGAAGAAAGAGCUAGGAGAUAUUAGUAAAAAGGGAUGUGAGGAGGGCAGGGCCAGAGAAAGUAGAAAUGUAAAUAUGCUUGCAGAGUGCUGAGAGUAGAGGGAACUCAGAAGAAACACGAGAUAGAAGUACCAGUGCAUUCACUGCAGCUUAUUGACAUGGAUUGUACAAAACCUUGCUGGAAGUACGAUGCUUUUACUGUACCUCUUACUAUGACAAAUUUCAUUUCCCUGUUUCAUUUCCCUCCUUAUUCCUGGCCUGAUCCUCAUCUUGCUUCCUCUUUUUAUUCUCAGUUGCACAGGUUUAUGAUGGCAUUGAUUGCCACACUUGCUGUUGCUUCUCAUAUCUCUUCAAUCCCCAUCAGCAUUUCAUUUGGCCAAGACCCUGUCUUCCCUUUCUUCUUGGCUUUUACAGCUGGUGGGUAGGUGUUCUGCUCUCGGGUUCUUUUUAAUUCCGUUUAGUCUGUUUCUGCCUUCUUCACCUGAAGGACUUUCUGUCCUCAAAAUGGCUAACUGCAUUUCCUCUCCAGCAUCAUUGGCAGCCUCUUCAGUAAGUUAUUGGGUUUUUGUAAUUUUUCCUCUUAGGAACCAGAAGUCCAUUCUGUUUCCAGAGAGGAAGCUUUUCCCCAUGAGUCUUUCUCCUGUUGUCUCCCCAUACCAGACUCCUGCUUCAUUCAGGUAUCCUCUGUCUUAUCUGUCUCCAUUCCUUCUUAGGUGUUCUGCUGUUUCAGCUACUCUGUCAAGCUUGCAAGUCUUUCCUUUUUUCUUGCUCAUUUCUCUAAAUAGAUGUGUUCACAAGCUGUUGCUGUUAGAACAGGUGAUCUGUUUUGACCGUAACUUGUAAGAGCCUUAAGGUGUCUCUCAGAAAAAUGAUUUUACUCACUUUUUCCCUUUCAGAAAUGGAAGGCAAUACACUGAGGUGUCUCACAUUAAUGUGUGACUCAGUCUUUUCUAACAGCAUCCCCUGUGACUGAUGCAACAUCAGUCACACAGAUUGCACUGGAAUUGAACUCAGCAUCUGGAGAGCCCAAGAUAAGGCAAAGAACACUGUAUGCACUCUAAGUGAGCUUUCUUGAACAAAGAGAUGUGCCAGUGUGGCUUCUGGAAAGUUGAGUGACUCAGAAACCAGCCACUUCCUCGGGCUCGGUGAUGCGAAGGACAGAUUUCUUGUUUGCCUGAAGUUAAAUCCGAGCUGACCUGUCACUACAAAUGGACAGUUUUUCAAAGAUGAGGCUUGGUGGAACAGCUUCUUGGUAUCUCAACUAUGGAAGGCCAACUUUGUGCUAAUGUGGACAUUUCUGUGAAAAAUCCUCCAGGAGCAAGCCCUCAGUCCUUCAUUGCUUUGCUGAAGGUUCACCGAGAGCUUCUGGUUGGUAGGAUCCGAAACACGCAGUGCUUGAUUGAUAACUUAAUUAAGAACGACUACUUCUCCACUGAGGAUGCAGAGAUCGUUGUCCAGUUUCCUACUCAAGCAGAUAAGGUUCGCAAAAUUCUAGACUUGGUUCAAAGCAAGGGAGAAGAAGUUUCGGAAUAUUUCGUCUAUGUCCUGCAGAAAGUCACUGAUGCUUACUAUGAGCUUCAGCCUUGGCUGGAUGAAAUAGGUUAUGAGCCUUCAGAGAAUAUCUGUAGUAAACCUGUGGUAAAUACAGAUCCAGUUAGCAGGUAUUGCCAGAAACUCAGACAUGAACUGGGACGGGACUCCAAGUUUUUUAUGUUGUACACUCAGAAGGAGGAGGUGCUGCUUGAAGAAAUCUACUCCAACAGCAUUAUGGAGCUGGUCAGUUUUACCAAUGAGAGUCUUGGCCAUGUGGAUCAGUUAGAAGCCCUUUUUGAUGAUGCAGUUGGGCUAAUUAAUGAAGAUGGAGAGACUGUUUAUGUCUACGGUGAUGCAGGAAUUGGAAAAUCCAUCUUGCUGCAAAAGAUACAAAGCCUUUGGGCCAGGAAGGAACUGGACAUAGGGGCCAAGUUUUUCUUCAGUUUUCGUUGUAGGAUGUUCAGCUGCUUCAAGGAAGAUGAAGCCAUAUGUUUGAAAGACCUGCUCUUCAAAUAUAAUUGCUACCCAGACCAGGACCCUGCAGAAGUGUUCCAUCACAUCUUGCAGUUCCCUCAUACAGUUCUUUUCACUUUUGAUGGCUUUGAUGAGAUCUAUUCCAACUUUGAUCUCAGCAGUGUACCUGAGGUAUGCUCACCCAAUGAACCCAUCCACCCCCUGGCACUGCUCGUAAGCCUUCUCAGAGGAAAGCUUCUUAAGGGGUCCAAGAAAAUUCUUACUGCCAGGACAGGAACUGAGAUCCAAAAAAACAUCAUUAGGAAGAAAGUGUUGCUCCGCGGUUUCUCCAGGAACAACCUGAAGGAAUACACAGCUAUGUUUUUCAAAGAUGAGCAGCAAAGAGCACUGGUGUCAAAUCAGCUGGAAGCUAACCCAAAUCUCUGCAGUUUGUGUUCAGUGCCUUUAUUUUGCUGGAUUAUCUUUAAAUGCUUUGAGCACUUCCACUCCAGCCAGUGGUUUGAUGGCCACGAGCUUCCAGACAGUUCUGUUACAUUAACAGAUGUAUUUUUGCUCAUGAUUGAAGUACACCUGAAUCGAUCUGUGAAAAAAAAUUUGCUGAAGAGCAAUAUCAGGAGCCAAGCAGAGGUGUUCAAAUCAAGAAAGGAAAGUCUUCUAGCUUUGGGUAAAAUGGCAUACAAAGGGAUGGAGAACUCUUCCUUUGUCUUUGAGCAGGAGGAAGUCUCAUCAGCAAAUAUCUCUGAAGAAGAUUUGCAAUUGGGCUUUCUCAGGACAGUUAAAGGUUACAGUGGCUGUGACAGUCAGGCCACUUAUGAGUUCUUGCACUUAACCCUUCAGUCUUUUUUCACAGCUUUGUUUUUGGUUAUGGAGGAGAAGGUGGGUACCAAGGAGUUACUUGAGUUUUUCAAUGAAUGUUCUUCCAUGGAGACUGCCCAGCCUACUUGCCUUCGUAUCCCCUGGCUGAAGAAACAACUAGCAGGGGAGGAUCCUUUCCAAAAUAAAGAACACUUUAAUUUUACCAACAUGUUUCUUUGUGGCCUGCUUUCUGGAUCCAGGCAGAAGGUCUUCAGACAUUUAGUUUCACCUGCGGUCAUUAAGAGGAAGAGAAAAACACUCAUCACAUACCUUGGGGAGAGCAUGAAAUCCCGCCUGAAAGGCUACACUCGGUCCAGGCUGAAAAGCUACAAUCAGGUGCAGGUGCAGCCCAACUUUGUGUGGAUGCUGAGGUGCCUGUACGAGACGCAGAGUGAGAAGGUGGGGAGGAUGGCAGCCCGCCGCAUGCACGCCAACUACAUCAAGCUGACCUACUGCAACGCCUGCUCUGCCGACUGCAGCGCCAUUUCCUUCCUUCUGCACCACUUCCAAAAGCACCUGGCUCUGGAUUUGGACAACAACAACAUCAAUGACUACGGAAUAAAGCAGCUGCAACCUUGUUUCAGCAAGCUUGCAGUGAUCAGGCUCAGUGUAAAUCAGGUCACAGAUCACGGUGUAAGAAUCUUGUAUGAAGAACUCUCCAAGUACCAAAUUGUGUCUUUCUUGGGCUUAUACAACAACCAAAUCACUGAUGUUGGAGCCAAAUAUGUUGCAAAAUUAAUUGAAGAGUGUUCAAGCCUGGAAUAUGUUAAAAUAGGAGCAAACAAAAUAACGAGCGAAGGAGGGAAGUGCCUUGCCCAGGCCAUCCAGAAGAGCAAGACAAUGUUUGAAAUUGGGAUGUGGGGUAAUCAAGUUGGAGACGAAGGAGCAAAGGCAUUUGCAGAGGCCCUGAGGAACCACCCCAGGUUAACAAACGUGAGUCUUGCAUUCAAUGGCAUCACGACAGAGGGAGGCAAGAGUAUUGCUGAAGCCAUGCAGCACAACAACUCCGUGAGGAUAUUCUGGUUGACGAAAAACGAGCUGGAUGAUGAGGCAGCAAGGAGUUUUGCAGAGAUGUUGAAGGUCAACAAGAAACUGGUGCAUUUAUGGCUUAUCCAGAAUCAAAUUACAGCCAAAGGGGUGAAGUGCCUCAGCGAAGCUCUCAAGGAGAACACGACUAUUCAAGAAAUCUGCUUGAAUGGGAACCUGAUAAGCCAAGAAGAGGCCAAAGCUUUUGAAAAUGAAGAGCGGAUCAUUUGCUUUUGAAUGAGGACUUUCCCAUUUUGCCAAGCUGGUGUUAACAAAGGCUACUCCUACACUUGGACUGCAGAGUUUAUAAAGGCAUCAAUCUACAGUGCUCGUGGCAGGAGAGAGAUACACAAUAAGCUGCCUUUUUAUGAACACACUGCACUCCCUCAGCUCCAUCCCUUACCCUGCCUGUUAUUUUUAAUCCUUUUGGUGAGUGGGAAGUUGCCUGGGUAAAUAAUUAAUGUUUGUUUGGUGCUUUGAAGAUGAAAUGCAACGUGUUAACAGACUAAAUCCACUGGCAGGUGUAUGCAUUUUGAUAACUGAGUUUAGAUCUAUUCUGUAUAGGGAUGUAAAUAAUCUGUUAACUUAUUUAUAUACCUUAAUAAAGACACACAAAUAUGCAUAAACAAGAAAGGGUGCAAGAUGCAAAAACUCCACCAGCUCUGAGUAUUACCUGCCUCAGAACUGAAAAUUAAUAUAUACACAGCUUUACCAGAAACGGUAUCUAUAAUAGUUGCUUGGUAUGUGUGUUUUGAACAUGAAUUCCUUCUUCCUGCCUAGAAAUUAGGUCCCUCUUUCUCCACUGACUACAGGCAGCAUCGUAGACACUGCUUUUUUUUGUUGUUGGGAUUUUUUGGAUGGGUAGGAACGGAUGCAUCAGGCUCAGAUUACUUUCAGUAAUCAUUUUUUCCCAUAUCAAAGCCAAUCCAUUUUCUUUCAUGCAACCAGAAGCCCUUACUACCAUCACUGUAAAGCCAUAACACGGGCAGUAAACCACUUCUGCUUCAAAUUUCCAGAGGGCUGCAUAGAAACGGCUGCCUCCUGUUUCCACAGUGUUUGUUCUGGGGAGGGGGUCUGGAGAGAAUUGUGAACAAUUAAUUAGCAGGCUGUUCAUUGCCUUGGCUCCUGGCCUAGGCUCCGUGCUGGUGGCACUACACCAAUGUCACGUUGCCCAGCAUAAGUGGGGAGAAAGGACGAUUGAAAAUCAACUGCGUCAAGUAGAAAUCCCUUCUCCCAGCAACAGGAAAGCACACAGGAGGAUUGAGAUUGGCCUGGAAAGCUUUUAGUCUGUGCUUGAAUCAGUGGACAGAGCAAGGCAAGGGGCAGUAGAAAUAACAAGGACCAGCAAGAAAACAUUAUCCUCCCCCAAAUUAUUAUUGUUUAGGGAGUGUAACUUUAGAGGCUUUAAAAGAAAUCAGUUAGCAAAGGAGUGGGGUAUUUGAUUAUUUUUUGUGGGAGCUUUAUAAACUCAAACUCUACCCCACAGUGUAGGGGGUAGAGUUUGAGUUUAUAAACCUAAAAUGGAAAAGUGUGAGCCAUUUCCUUCCUUCUCCCAUGUUACCAUUCCCCACCCCCACCCCCCAAACUUUGAGAAACAAUUCUUCAGUUGCUGACUAACUCACAAAACCUUGGUAAGUUGGAAGAAGAAUCUCCAGUUAAAAUGCCAUACCAAUGAAGCCCUACCUCCCCAUCUCCCAAAUCUGCCCCAUGAAGCAAAGAAAGUGCUUGCUUUGUAGGUCAGAGCUUCUCCAUUUCCUAUGUGGUAGCAAACCUUUCCCAGCCCUCAAUUCUGUCUACUCCCUUCAGCUCCCUAACACAUUUUCAAAUACUCACCGUGCUUCUCACAAAACCUGCAGCUAUAAAGGAAAAAAAGGGAAGAAAACCAACUUAGUUAUUUUUUAGAGGCUUUUCCUCUGUGCUUGAUUUUUCACAGGGAGACAGAUGAGGUUUUUCAACCAUGCCAGAGGGAACUCAGCUAACUUGAAUGAUUUGUGCACCUGAGCCAUUUGUUUACUGAAGCAAAAGGGCGCACAGUUAUAGAUGAGCUGGAUUUCAAUUGCCAAAACAUCUGCCAAAGCAAAGCCUUUAAAGACUUCUCAGUGACUUUAACAAAUCAGAGACUCAUGCACCUUGUCAAAGUGUGUUUUGCCAGCCUACUCUGAUGGAAGGGAGAAGAUACUGGUGCAAGGAAGAGCCUUCACCAGAGGUGUCAUUUGCCUGUGUUUGAGGAAGUGUGCUCCUACUUUGCUCUAAUCACAGAAUUAUUUGCUCAUUUACCAGGUAGAAAGUACAUUUAAAAUGACAGUUCCUGUCCUUGUUUCACUAAUUGACUAAAACAGCUUCCCCCAAACUUUCCAGUGCAGUCACGUAUGCCCCUUUUUUUGGGCUAGAGCAGCCAUUGGCAUUGUUUGUAGUGAGAAGCUCAGCCCCUCUUGCAAAUCUUGUUCCAUACCUGGCUGUUACAAGCUGGGCAUCCAGGGGGUGUUUUUGGGGGCAGCAGGAUUUACAGGGCUGCAGCAGCCUCAGGAUAAGUGGUGGCAGGAUCAAUCCCAGCUCCAUGUAGGACAGAGUUUGGCACUGAACAAGAUUACAGUGCCAGAGACAGAGCAAGUCACAGCCACUCCCUCCAGAGGUGACUUUGGGCAGCAAACAUUUGUUUGAACUAGGCUGACGGUCUGAGCACAGCUCACUCUGGGUUUAACAAAACCAAGGGGUUUCAUAGAAUCCUGCUCCCAGCUCACCCAGAGCAGGGGGUUUGCUUCACAGGCCACAUCACAGCUCUGGGAGCCAUGCUGGGCAAACUGGUUGCUGCUCUGGGAGCGGCAGGACAUCCCUUGUUUAUCUGCAUAGCAUUUCUGGCUGAAGCUCUUCCUAGUCUUACUGGCCUGUUUGUAAGGGGCAUUGGAGCAACACUUCUGCAGCUUGGAGGGAGAGUCUUGUUUACUCAGAGACAACUGUAACUUUUUUCAGACUUGUUUGUAAUUUGCUGAAGCCUUCUCUGUACACUGUGUCAUGUUUUUCCAUUUGUCCACUGUGAUAAUAAACAGCUUUUUAAAGAACAA